GUGUGUGAGUUCAGUGACAUCAACAACACACGCAGAUCCCUGUUCUCUGGCGGGGGGGGACUGACAUUACCUCGCACACAAUACAGGCUCCAGGGACAUCGUGCGGCUCUUUUUCAGACAGCAGAAGGGAAGCGGGGAUAUAUUUACAGCAGGUGUUCCUGAAGGAUCUAUCACAGACUAUCAGCAGGGUUCAUGAAACUUUGCUACGAUUUGCGAGCUAGGGCUGCCAUACACAAUGUUAAGGUAAAGCCUAAAGCAGCUGUGUUGAACAUGCUAAAGCGGCUGGACAAAAUAAGAUUCCGCGGUCCAAAGCGAGAUGACUUCCUGGAUCUACCCGAGUCCCCUACGGGGUCGGACACUGAAUGUAGUGAUGACAUGCUACUGAGACCUCGACCUUCAAUACGAGACAAUGAUGAGCAAAGAGACCCUGCUGGUUUGGGGACUUUGUCUGUCAUGCAAGACCUGAGGAGCGAAUCAGAACGUCUCAAUGAGGUGAAGGGUCAUUUGGAAAUUGCCUUACUGGAGAAACACUUCCUACAGGAGGAAUUGCGGAAGCUCAGAGAAGAAACCAAUGUGGAGACCCUUAAGCAGGAGCUGGAGAGAGAACGCAGCAGAAGACUUGACCUGGAACAGAAGAUGAGCGAUGUGCUGAAGACCAGGUGUGAAGAUUCUCCACCUCAGCUUCCACGGAAACAGCAGCCACCUGCAGCUAAUGGCACAGACAAACAGCAGAAGGAGACGGUGUGUUCGCGGCUGCAGAGUUGGCUGUAUGAUCGGUUUGGGGUUUACAUCGAGGAUUUUCGCUUCCAGCCUGAGGAGAACACAGUUGAGGCUGAGGAGCCACUAAGUGCUAAAAGAUUAACUGAAAAUAUGCGACGACUUAAACGGGGUGCCAGACCGGUAACAAAUUUCUUACGGAAUCUUUCCGCCUUAUCCAACUGGCACUCAGUAUAUACGUCAGCAAUUGCCUUCAUCAUUUAUAUGAAUGCAGCAUGGCAUGGCUGGGCUAUUCCUUUGUUUCUAUUCUUAGCCAUUCUGAGGUUGUCGUUGAACUACCUCAUCGCCAGAGGAUGGAGAAUUCAGUGGAGUAUUGUGCCUGAAGUUUCUGAACCUGUGGAACCUCCAAAAGAAGACCUGACUGUGUCUGAAAAGUUUCAGUUAGUUCUCGACGUCGCACAAAAAGCACAGAAUCUUUUUGGUAAGAUGUCAGAUGUUUUGGAGAAAAUCAAAAAUUUGUUUAUGUGGGUUCAGCCUGAGAUCACUCAGAAGUUGUACAUCGCUCUGUGGGUGGCCUUCAUCUCCUCCUGCGUCCUGCCAUACAAGCUGAUGGGCUUUAUGAUCGGGCUUUACGCAGGCAUCAAGUUCUUUAUUAUAGACUUCCUUUUUAAGAGCUGCCCGAAACUCCGAGACAAAUACGACACUCCGUUCAUCAUGUGGAACAACCUGCCCACGGACCCUCAGCUGAAAGAGCGCAGCAAUGCCACUGUGUCUCGACGGCUGUCUGGGUGUGAGAAGAUUCAGCCAGUGGUCUCACGGAGCAGUUUAGCCACCGUCCCAGCCGGAGUGACCCGAGAGGAAGAGCCUGGCCGUUCACACAACACAAAGAAAGGAGCAUUCCAUGAGAUCUUCAACCUACCCGAGAAUGAGAGACCUCUGCCGGUGUGUGAGAAUGGAUGGAGAUGCUGUCUGAUAAACAGAGACAGGAAGAUGCCCACUGACUACAUUCGCAACGGGAUGCUCUACGUCACUGAGAACUACCUGUGUUUUGAGAGCUCCAGCUCAAGAUCGGGGUCUUCAAAGAAGAACAAAGUCAUUAAACUGGUGGACAUCACAGAUAUCCAGAAGUAUAAAGUUUUAUCAGUUCUGCCUGGGUCUGGAAUGGGCAUUUCUAUUGCCACACCGUCAACACAGAAGCCACUGGUCUUUGGUGCCAUGAUACACAGAGACGAGGCCUUUGAGACGAUCUUUACCCAGUACAUGAAGAUCAUGACCACAGCCAACCCUGAGACAUAACUCAACCUUUUAUCCUUUCUGGAGGAUAUCUCGUUUGGAAAAAAAAACAAGUAUGGGACCAGCAUUUCCUGUCUGGUUAACUUUAAUUGACCGUCAUUCGGAUGAUUGUAGGCUUGAGACGUGACCAGCGGGAGAUUUUAGCGAGCUGACAUUCCAGCGAGAGAGUUCUGCAUCUCAAAGAAAGAGACUUUUCCCCAACCGGAGGGAUGCGGGCCGGCUUCUCGUCAUGCGACUGUGACCUUUUUUUUUUUCGGCUUUCAAAAGAUGAGCACACUGAUCCGACUUUUCGUGUUUUGUACUCAUCUGUCAAGGAUUCAGAUUUCAUGUCUGGUUUUUAACCUGGAAGAUGUUAAUUGCGUAAACACUGCAAGAAUUCAUUUUCUCAAUCAGUAUUUUUGUUUAAAACUUAAUUCAAGAUAUGUGUCUUGUUUUCUUACACAAAUUUGCUUCACAAGUAAAUUUGUCUUUUAACUAAAUUUAGAUAUUUUGUACUGGAAAACAAGACAAAAAUACUGAUAAAUAUGAAAAAGAAAAAAAAAGUGUAUUCACACUUUAGGCGUUUUGCAGCAACAAAUCGACAGGAAGUCAUUCAUUUGUAAUGCGAGUUGGCGAAUUAAGGCGCCGUACAGGUAGUUGAUAUGUCUUGUGCACUAUAUUCAUUGCAUCUUUCAAAUCUCAAAAAGAUGACUUUUUAUUUUUAAAAGUUAUGAGGCUGGUAAUAGUUCAACUUUGCUCACUUUGGCAACAGCCGCUGUUGCUCGAGUUGCUAGAAAUCGACAGCUUUCAUUGAAAAUGACUUGUGGUUGCUUUGUCACUGCAAAUCACUGUCAGUGCAAAUGACCUUUCAGACUGAUACAAAAAAAAAAAACGCCUUUAUUUUUUACAUUUGUUUACAUUGUUGCUGUGUGCGCACAACACAGUCGCACUCAAACUCACUUAAAUCUCACCUCUCAGCAAAGUGUGCUUCAUGUCUUUUUAGCAGAACAUUUUCCCAAACUUAACUUUGGGGAAAGUGUAGUUUCGAAAUGGUUUCAAAUGGCCUUUCUUCAAAAUGGUUGUAAUGUCGUAGCUAAUCGAUUGGUUUGCUUACGCUUGAAAACGCUAGUUAGAAAUGAAAGGUGUCAAACGUCGCACUUUAUUUUUCAGUAUGUGUACUAACCGUGUACUCAUACAAGAAAGGACUGAGUAAUAUAAGGCAACUGCUUGGAUUUAAUAUUAAGGUUAAGUUUAGUACUAGAACAGGACUGUCAAAUAAAGUGCUAUCGGAUUUUUUACCAAGUAUUUCAUGUAUUUAUGUCUUACAGAUGAACACCGGUUACUUGUUAACGUUUUGUCACUUUAAACCGUUACUAAAUGAAGUUAAAUUCAGAUUUACAGCAAAGUAGAUGUUCACAGAACCUGUUCAUAAAGCGACUAUAGUAUAAGUCUUUGGGUGAAUCUCACAAAAAAAAAAUUCCGAUCAUAU